AUGGGUAGGAAAUACAUUUAUACCAAUUCCUCGUCCUCCUCGGACUCUGACUCCGAAUCAUCAUCUGGCCCCGCGACCCGACAGUAUCGACGCCGCCAACACCGCAGCCAACACCAAAAGCGUAGCACCCAAAUUAGCCCGCCCGGCGCCCCUGAGCUCGUGGGCCCUGCACCACAGUCGUCCACUAAUACAAACGGCAAUAAGGAUGAAAAGAAGAAGAAGAAGGCCAAGAAGCCCCCACAGGAGAGCAUAGACCAAAUAUGGGACAAGUUCUCGCAAAAGAAGUUUAGCAAGGCGCUCGCCGUGCUGCCUUUCUCGCCCGUGCCGGCGUCCACCUCGGGCGAGCGCGGGAACGAGCUGCUCUCGGCUGGAUUUGAGCGCGCGGCUGAGGAGUGUAGGAGGAAGGUCCGCAAGAUUAUUUCUGAGUGCAAGAGGGUGAAUACCAGAUACCGUGACCCCGGCUGGGACCUGGACUGGGAUUUCAAGUGGGAGAAGGGCCACUGCUUGAACAGCCUGGACAGAACCAAAUUCGACAUCUGCCACUCGAACCUGAUCAAUCCCUCAUCGAGCAUCCCAAAAGCUGUGAAGCGUGUUCAUGAGAUUUAUGAAAAGCCAACAUUUAUGGAAAGCAUUCUCCCUGGUGAUAUCAAGCAGGGCAGCCUCGGAAACUGCUGGUUCGUGGCCUGUCUGACAGGUCUCGCCAACGUGACUGAUGGUAUCAAGCGGGUCUGUGUGGAAUAUGAUACCAAAAUUGGAAUCUACGGCUUCGUCUUCUUCCGUGACGGCGAGUGGAUCUACUCCAUCAUCGACGACAAGUUGUACCUCCGCUCUCCCUGCUGGGACUCACAGUCCAUGCAGCGCGAGCUGCUGCAGCAGAUCGACCGCGAGGAUGUCGAGCGUGUAUACCGGCAGACGUACCAGACGGGCAGCAAGGCGCUCUUCUUUGCCCAGAACAAGGACCAGAACGAGACCUGGGUGCCCCUGAUCGAGAAGGCUUACGCUAAGGCACACGGCGACUUUGCCUGUCUUGCUGGUGGCUGGAUCGGGGAGGCCCUCGAGGAUCUGUCUGGGGGGGUCACCACUGAACUCCUUGCCAGCGACAUUUUUGAUGUGGAUGCAUUCUGGGAGAAUGAGCUGAGCCGGGUCAACCAGGAGUUUUUGUUUGGUUGCUCCACGGGCCUGCUUGAUGCUGGCUAUGGCGACAGAGAUGGUAUCUCGGAAGGCCAUGCAUAUGUCAUCAUGGAGGCGAGAACUCUGAAAAACGGGACUCGUCUGUGUAAAUUGAGAAACCCCUGGGGAAAGAUUAAGAAGGGCAACUGGGAAGGAGCCUGGUCCGAUGGAAGCAAAGAGUGGACGACAGAAGUUCAGGAAGAACUCAACCACACAUUUGCAGGCGACUCUACCUUCUGGAUCUCGUACGAGGACCUCCUCCGCAAAUACCAGCACUUUGACCGCACGCGGCUUUUCCGCGACCCAGACUGGCGCUCUUGUCAGCGCUGGAUCGGCGUCGAGGUGCCCUGGAAGGCCCAGUAUCACGAAAAGUUCCACAUCAAGCUGAGCCGCGAGUCCCCGCUCGUGCUCGUCCUCUCGCAGCUGGACACGCGGUACUUCCGCGGCCUGCAGGGCCAGUACAACUUCCGCCUGCAGUUCCGGCUGCAUGAGGAGGGAAAACCAGGGGCGGAAGAGUACAUUGUGCGCAGCCAUGGCAAUUACCUCAUGGACCGAAGCGUGUCGGUCGAGGUGCCCAGCCUCGAGGCGGGCAACUACGUCGUCUACAUCUCCAUCGUGGGCGAGCGCAACACCAGGCUGCUCAGCACCGAGGACGUCAUCAAGCGCGAGUGCAAGAGCCGCGAGGAGAACGAGAAGCUCGCCCAGGUCGGCCAGGCGUAUGAUCUCGCGCACUCCAAGGCUGCCAGCCACCUGCAGCGCCUAGCCAAGGUGCGCAAGCAGGCCGAGAGCAAGAAGGCGAGCGAGUCGAGGCGUAAAGAGCGCAAGAAGAACUGGGAGAAGAGGCAG